GGGCCUAUUCUCAACCAGCAACUCUAUCAGGUCCCUGAGAAUUGCACUGCUGAUGAGCUGGGAGGCACUCUAGCCACAAUGGGAGCACAUCUCCUGAUUAACACAUUGAUGUCACUGUCUGAGAGGAUGGAAAAUCAAAGGGAACAAGGACAAACUGGUGCAACAUUUGCCCCAAAAAUCAAGAUGUCCAUGAGCUGGAUUGUGUGGGAGGAACAGACUUGUGACCAAAUUGACCGUCUGUAUCGUGCAGUCGGGUCCCGGAUCCCUUUGAGGACUAUGUGGAUGAACAGAACAAUAAAACUUCUGGAUUUUGCUGGAAAAUGUCAUGUGUCAUUAUCAGGUAAACAGACGGUAUGAGUGUUUGUGACGUUGGUGGAGUUUUAAAUGAAUGUCUUGGCCAGAUUCUAUGCAUAAAGUGCCCAAAUAUUUCUCCUUGAGUUGGGAUCUUUUGGUGUGAACAAGAAGCUGGCCAACAGAUACAGGUCAUGUGACUCAAAGUUAAGGGUUGUUCAACAGCUUCUAAAAGAUGCAAACCAGGGAAAAUAUGAGGAUAGGAUCCUCUCAUUAAAUCACAGCUGCCUUGACAGCCUCUAUUUUUAGAAAAGCCUUGAGUUGAUCCAGUAAUAAGAGCACUAACCUGGACUUGAGAGGAUAUUUUUCCCAUAUCAGCUUAUUUUCCUUGGCUAAAAUUCAGAAUCACAUUCAAAAUCCUCCUCACAGUCAAGGUCUUAAGUAACAAGGCCUGAUCUUUUGUGAAGACCUCAUAGUGCCAUAUCACCACAAUAGCUCCUCUGGUACUGCUGGUUCACCUGUGGCUCCUAGAGUAUUUAAAAACAGUAUGGGAGGCAGAGCCUUCAGCUUUUAGGCCCCUCUCCUGUGGAACCAGCUCCCAGGUUG